GGAGGCAACGGUGGAGACGGGAGGGAGGAGCUGAGCUCGGCGUUCGCCUCAGCGGAGGAGGAGGAGGAGAAAGCGAUUCAAGAAUAGCAGCAUUUCCCCUUGGAAUAAGGGACAGUCGCUUAUUAUAACGGACAGGUGGCAACCUUAAGGCAUGACGCUGCUGGUGCUCCUGCUGUGACGACCCCUCAGCUCGACGCCAGCUGGGGACCAGAUCGCCCCGCCUCUGAGUGGCACGACGUCUAAAGGCCAGUUGCAGAGCGUCGCCUCAGAGCCUCCUUGGCCACCGUGAGAAGCGAAAAUGCCGGCCCGAUCUGAUCAGAUGCUCUGCUGGGUGGUCUUUGCUUUUAUUUUUAUCGUGUAUUUUUUGUUCCUAUACUGUGAAUUUAUUUUGUUACCGUUCUGAGACCUACUGGUAUAGGGCGGCGUAGCAAUAAUUUUCUUUUUACCCACUCCCCUCCUCCCUUUCUGCUGGUGGGAAGAUCGGGCCGGCAUUUCCAGUCAAGCGGGCCUACAACGGCGGCUUUGCCGCGUCGUCCUGCGCCUUUAAGGGCCGCCGGCAGCUCCCUCGUCAUGCGCAAGAGGCGCCUAACCGGGAAGCGCUUGUGCGGCCGCCCAGAGGAGGAGGAGGAAGAGCCGCAUCCACCACGAACCGGCUUGUUGUGUGGGAAGCGGGUUUGAGGGGGGCAGUGAGAGGAAGCGGCACGGAAAGGCCCGAAGCGGCGCGCGGGGAGAGGCGGUUACUUAGAGCCGAGGGGCCCUUCUCCUCCCGCUGCCAUGGCGACAGCCGCCAGCCAGGACAGCCAGGACUACUACUUGGCGCUGUGCGCGCGGCCCGUGCACUUCGAGAAGGCGAGCCCCGUGAACUGCGUCUUCUUCGACGAGGCCAAUAAGCAGGUUUUUGCUGUUCGAUCUGGUGGAGCUACUGGGGUCGUAGUUAAAGGCUUGGAAGACCGCAAUCCCAUCUCAUUCAGAAUGGAAGACAAAGGGGAAGUGAAGUGCAUCAAAUUUUCUUUGGGCAACAAGAUAUUGGCUGUCCAGAGAACAUCAAAGAAUGUGGACUUUCUGAACUUCAUUCCAGACAGCCCACAGAUAGAAUAUACUCAAGAAUGCAAGACCAAGAAUGCCAACAUUUUAGGAUUCUGCUGGACAGGCUCUGCAGAAAUCGUCUUCAUAACAGAUCAGGGAAUUGAAUUUUAUCAGGUGUUACCAGAGAAGCGAACUUUAAAACUUUUGAAGAGUCAGAAUAUCAACGUAAACUGGUACAUGUACUGUCCUGAGAGUUCCGUAAUUCUUCUGUCUACCACAGUUCUUGGAAAUGUUCUACAGCCGUUCUAUUUUAAGGGUGGAACUAUGUCAAAGCUGUCCAAGUUUGAAAUUGAAUUACCCGCAGCUCCAAAGGCGUCCAAACUCAGCCUUUCCGAAAGAGAUAUUGCUAUGGCUACAAUAUAUGGGCAACUUUAUGUUCUAUACUUGAGACACCACUCAAGGACAUCCAACAGCACAGGAGCUGAAGUAGUUCUUUAUCACUUACCAAGAGAAGGCUCCUGCAAGAAGUUGCAUAUAUUGAAGUUAUACAGGACUGGCAAGUUUGCACUAAAUGUUGUGGACAACUUGGUGGUAGUUCAUCAUCAGGAUACUGAGACCUCUAUUAUAUUUGAUAUCAGACUCAAAGGAGAAUCUGAUGGCACAGUUAUCCUUCACCAGCUUGUACUUCCAGCUCGAUCUAUACAACCCUAUCAGAUUCCUGUGGCAGGUCCAGCUUCUGUAACCAGUCAGUUCCCAGUUCCCUGUAAACUCUAUUCUUCAUCCUGGAUUGUCUUUCAGCCCGAUAUUAUCAUCAGUGCGAGUGAAGGUUACCUCUGGAAUCUGCAGGUGAAACUGGAGCCUAUAGUAAAUCUCUUACCAGACAAAGGAAAAUUAAUGGACUUUCUUCUUCAGAGAAAGGAUUGCAAGAUGGUUAUUCUUUCUGUGUGUUCUCAGAUGUUAAGUGAACCAGACGGAGGAUCAUUGAGUGUGGUUGCCACCGUUUUUGACAAACUCAAUCAUGAAUAUAAGAAAUACUUGGAAGCAGAGCAGACUUACAAUAUGGCACUAGAAACUGGGCAAAGCAGAAGCAAUCCACCUCCCAAACGGCCAGUUCGUACCCAGGCAGUUAUUGAUCAGUCAGACAUGUAUACGCAUGUUUUGUCUGUCUUUACUGAAAAAAAGGAAGCACCUCACAAGUUCACUAUAGCUGUCUUAAUGGAGUAUAUUCGCUCACUCAACCAAUUUCAGAUAGCUGUUCAGCAUUAUCUAUAUGAACUGGUUAUCAAAACCCUUGUUCAGCACAACCUAUUCUAUAUGCUUCACCAGUUCCUGCAGUAUCAUGUUCUCAGUGAUUCAAAACCUCUGGCCUGCUUGUUACUGUCGUUGGAGAGUAUUUAUCCUCCAGCACAUCAGCUCUCCCUGGAUAUGUUAAAGAGACUUUCUACUGCAAAUGAUGAAAUAGUGGAAGUUUUGUUGUCCAAACAUCAAGUACUGGCUGCCUUGAGAUUCAUCAGAGGUAUUGGAGGCCAUGAUAGUAUUUCUGCUCGAAAGUUUCUUGAUGCAGCAAAGCAGACGGAAGAUGAGAUGCUAUUCUAUACCAUAUUCAGGUUCUUUGAGCAGAGAAAUCAGCGAUUGCGUGGAAACCCUAGCUUCACUCCAGGAGAGCACUGUGAAGAGCAUGUUGUGUUUUUUAAACAGCAUUUUGGAGACCAAGCAUUAAUGAAGCCUACUGCUUUCUGAAGUAGAAAAGCUAUACAAAAUGUAUAAACUUAAUUUAUUGCAUUUUAUGUACUGAUACUUUUGACCUACAAAAAUUCCUAUUUUAUAAUAAAGUAUAUAUACACACAGACCCUUUGGCAAAUUAUUAAAAUAUUAUUAUUCCACUAAUGGCUCAUUUGUCUCUCCUAAAAAUAGAGCCACAAAUUGCAUUGCCUUGCAUUUAAAAAGUAGUGUCAGUGGGUCAGCAAUCUACUCUCAUACAUGUCACUUUAGAUUUUCAUCAGGAAAGCAAAUUCAUUGUGUGAAACAAUAAAAACUAUAAUGUAUUAAAUAAUAAUAAUUUAUGAUCCUUCCAAUUUUAGUAACACUGUAACUGAAAUAUGCAGUACUUCCUGAGUCCAAGGUGUUCAGAACUACUGGUCAUCUACUUGGGUAGAUCUCUAAUCUGUCCAGUAAUAGUGGCUUGUAGUUGUGCGACAGUAGUCAUAGAAACUUGCUGAAACUUAUGGUGAAGAGGGCUUCAGGUAGAAUUCAAUGAGUCCACUGACCACUUUGUUUAAAAUGGCUAGAAGAAUAAGAGUCUCUCUCUCUCUGUACCUUUGUUUCUCUCUUGUGCUGCACGUGCUUUAGCUUUAUUUACUGAAGGUCCUGUAAAGGAAAAGGGAAAAGUUACUCAAAAGCUCCAACAAUUUACCAGUUUGAUAGUGGUUGGUUCUGCAGAGACAGAAGUAGUAUCCCAAAAUCAGUUUGCUUGAAAUAAUUAUUUUCCUUCGAGUGAAGGUGUUCUCAGAUGGGAUGAGAGCUGUCCUUGCAGGCAGAGACUUCUGCAUUUACCCCACCAGUUUUGACUCCUGCCUUCAUGCUGUGGCAUCAUAUCCUACACACUAUGAGCAUAAACAAACCAAUUCAAGACAUCACAUUAAUACAGAAUGAAGCUCAGGCUGCAACCCCUAUGCACACUUCCUUGAGAGCUAAAAUUUCAGGUCAACUUGUACAUACCAAGCAAGAUCUUACCUAUAUAACUAAGUAGGACGGGAAGAAAUAUUAGACCAUGGGUUGCUCCAAGUAGUACCAUGGCUAGAUACAUCCUGAAGUAGAAGAUCUGGAAAAUCUGGGAUUUGGAAAAGGCAAGCACUACUAUUCCUCCAAAUUUUGUGAGAGUAAUGCCACUGAAAACCUGACAAAGGGGGAAACAGUGUUUAGUUUUAUACAAUGCAUUAAUUGUAACACAACAGGAAAUUGCUACUGUCAGUUAUAAAACAAAUUGUUUGUAUUAUAAUCAACUUUUAUCUUACACUCUCAGUAAGUAUGUCACUACAGGUUAUACUCUGUACCAGCUUUCAGGCCUCCUUGAGAGGGAGAUAGGCAGUGUUAGAAACAGAUAUGAAAGCUAGGAGCUAAAUGGCACCUUAAGCCUAGGUUAUGGGUGCAGCAACAAUGUCUAGGCGGUUUUUAAAAAAAUAAGAAUACAACACUGAAAAUUAAUGAACUGCUGCUAAAAUAUGUUCAUUUUUCACAUGGCUAGUUUCUCCCCUGCCCACCCACCCCUAAUACAGUGGUACAUCACAAGACAAAAUUAAUUCGUUCCACGAGUCAUUUUGUAUUGUGAAAAUUUCUUCUUGUGAAGCACGGUUUCCCAUAGGAAUGCAUUGAAAUUUAAUUAAUGCGUUCCUAUGGGCAAAAAAGCCUCUCCUUUCAAUGAAAUGGUGCCAUAGCAAAGCAGCUUAAGGCGCAAUCCAGUGCUCACAAACCCUGACUCACCCGCCAAGCCCAGGAGCAGCCACAGCAGCCACAUUGCCCCCAAGCGCCACAGCUGCUCCGGAGGUUUUAAGGCUCUGGGGAGGGGGAAGCAGGAGGAGGGCCAGGGAGAGGCUCCCUCCUUCCUUCCCCAACAGCCGGACCCUCGCGCCCAACCAGACAGGCCAUUCGCGCGCAGGCAGGCAGGCUGACUGGUUGGCUCUCCCGUUCGUGUGUAGCUCUCGCGUGCAUCCAGCCAAGAAGGGGCUCUACUCCCUCAGGGUUCUGCACGGCGGCUUAAGGUGAGAGUGAGGGGGGAUCCGGCUGCUGGCAGCCAUUUUGUUGCGCCACCGCCAAUCGGCAUGUCCCUGCGGAAGCCAGGCGAUGGCAUCGGCGGAAGCGCAAGACGGGCAGGCUCCCCGGAGGAGGCUCGUUCUCCUUGAUGGGCCAUCCCUGGACUUUCUCCUCACGGCGUCCCUGCCCUGCUUCGUCUUGUGAAGUUUUCUAUGGCACGGCCAUAUAAAACUUCGUCUUGCGAGUCUGCCAAAAUAUCGCAAAACAUUUUUGUCUUGAGAUUUUUUCGUUGCGCGAGGCGUUCGUCUAGCGAGGUACCACUGUAUCCUUAAGAGGGUCUCUUCAGUCUUCAGAGAAUAGCUGGAAAUGGGGAGGCAGGAAAAGGUCAUUUCCUGCCACUCUGCAAUUUUAAUUUGAUACCUUAGGCACAGUACUGUGCCCAGAGCUCAAAAACUACUUGUGCUAAUGAAAUUCCUGUCACAAAAUGCACCUAGAACAAUGGGAGUUUUGAACACUGGAGAUAGGAGCAUAUCCUUAAGUGGUUUCUAGUGCCACAACAGAAUAGUUUUCAAAACAAAAUACUUACAGAGCUGCCCAUGUGGGAUAGUGCUUCUUCAGCGCGCUCUGCUCUGGUUGCUUUUGUACUCACAGUGAAUGCUCUUGUCACGUGGCUACAGAAUUCAACAGAGAUACCACAACUCUGGAAAGAAGACAGUGUAGGUUAAGCAGCUUACUGCCACAGAAUACCCAAUUUUCAACAUUCUGGGUUUGAUUUU